GUGUUCUGUGGCCAAACAGCAAACGAGAAACUACACCCAACCAACCGAGAAAUAAACAACUAAAUAAAAAUAUAAAUAAAUACCAAUAACAAGAACGCUUGAACAAAACGCCAGUUUUUAUUUGAAAUGACUCUGUUUUAUAAGAAAAAUCUUAAAUAUGUCUGAUAGUAUAGAUUUUAUUAGUAAUGAUAUGUCUUGUGUUGCUCUUGAAAAUACCAAAACAUCCUGCAACAAUGCACAUGAGCAAGAAGUAAACGAUCUUAUGAAAUUUUUAAAACUGGAACAAAGCAAGUAUUUACAACAGAAAAUUAUAUAUGAUCUUAUUGAAGAUAUAAUAAAUCAUGAUCAUAUGGAUCCUAAAUUGAAAUCAAAAGUAAAAGAAGUUAUGUUAAGUGAAAAUGUGAAGCAGACUUCAUCUAUAGAUACUAAAGCAUACAAAAUAAAGGAACUUCCUUUAUUAGGUGUUGAUAAACAAAAUACAGUAUUAACUUACUCGGAAAGUAGUGUACUUCAAGAAAUGUUAAAAAUGAAAUUAUCAGAAAACACUACAGCCAUCACAGCAUCACAUCAAAGUUGGGCUGAUUUAGUUGAAAGUAAUCACCAAUUACAACCAUUACAGAUAGAUUCAGAUGAUACGGUUCUCUUAGAAUAUAGAAAUAAACUUUAUGUGGAGCAACAAAAAUAUAUAAAGAAUUUAGCAAAUUUACAUGAUUUAUUAGAAGAAAUUGCGGAGGUAAGAGUAAAAAAACUACCAGAGCUUUUUGAACAUAAAUUGAAGGAAUCUCAGCUUGUACAAAAAAUUAACCACUUAAAGUGUACAUUGGCUGAUGAAAAAUGCAAUGUUGAUAUAUUUACUGAGACACCUUGCUCUCUAAAAGCCUACAAUGAACUGAUCAAUGAAGUAAAAGAACAACAGAAGGACUGUCAGAAACAAAUUAAUGAUUUAAAAGAACUAAAAGAAAAAUACAAACAAAUAUCUGGAAAGCAAUAUGAUGACAUCUUAAAAACAUAUUUGCAAUAUAAAGCUUCUUUAGAAAAGAAAAAAGUUUUAUACAAUUGUAUAAAGAGCUAGGUUUUAUAUUAAUGCACUACAUAAAACUUGUAAUUUUUCAAUAAUAAUAAUAAUAAUAAGUACUAUAUAGUAAUAA